CACGAAUACAGAACUGAUAUUUAAUUUCUUAUUUCAUAGCAAGGCUGUUUAAAACAUUGCAAAGAUGCUUAAGGCGAUGGUGUAUGAAAAUUUCGUACAUUUUAAAGACAGAUUUAGUCUCGACUUUUCAAAAACGAAAGAUAAACCAUACUUCUUUAUUGGAGCAAGCUCAACUGGUAAAACAGCUGUUCUGGAACUUAUCAGAAGAUGUAUGAAGUCUAAACUCAACACAUCGUUGACAAAUCGAUUUGAUGUCACCAAAACGGCAUAUGCUUUCUGUCAAUUUGAAGUAAAAGAUGACGAAAACAUUUUUGAACCUGAUACCUUAACUGGGUAUAUAAUUGAAGGCAAAAAUUUUUGGCCAAUUGAAGAUCAGGCUACAGCCCCGCAGGAGGAAAAGAUUGAGAAAAUGGAAGAUUUGCAGAGAGAAGAAGCCGAUGAAAAAGAUGGAAGUGAAAGUCCUUCAAAAAAGUCUAAAAGCUCAAUCAAGGAAGAUGAAGAUAAACAGGGUGAAGAAAGAGAGGAAACAAAUGAAGAAGAUAUAGAUGAGAAAGAAAUACGCAGUACAGUUAAGGCAACAUUUUCCAUAAAAAGUCACGGAAUCCGAUACAUAUAA